UUGAAGGUGUGGCUUGCUAUGAGUGAGCGCGCAAGACCUUCUACAGACGUAAGGAAGACGUCUUGUCACGGUCAGACGAAGAGAGGUUUUGCUACCGGCAGACAGUCUGUAUUAUUAUCUAGAGAUCUAAAUCGUCGCUCGUCUCUUCGUAUUGGUCAAAAGCGUUCGUUUGACGAUUACUGGCUCUCCCAUAAUUUCAGUGGGCGUCUCCUCGAAGUCAUGGUGCCCACUCGUCGUCGUCGAAUCAGGGCGUCGACAGUAGACAGAUCUACACAGAAUGUGAACGGUUUAGAAAGGUGCCAAAUGAAAGGGAAGGAAGGAGGUAGCAGGGCUAUGGUCAAAAGAGGGAGCUCUGUAGGGGGCCCUAUUGGGGGCCUUACUCGGAGGAAGCGAGGUGACAGGUCAGAGGAAGAUGAAAAUUUUUUAUCGAAAAUUUCAUCUUUACGUAGCAAGAAGACGAUGGUGUUAAACUUAGAAAGAGUGAUUGUUUCUAAAAAAUAUGAUCGAGUCUCAAAUGGUGUUGAAGGUUGCACUUCAGAAGCCACCAAGUGUGCAGACGACGCUGAUGAGAUAAAGGAGAUGGAAGCAAGUGCAGAGACGGACUUAGUCAAAGAUGUGAGUGAUCGUGACCGUUGCAAUACUGAAACGUUUAGCACGACAUGUGGCUUGUGUGGCUCUAAGUUUUCAUCUCGUGCCACGCCUACGAAUUUAUUGCUUUCUUCUAACACAAUUGCUUCAGAGGCACUAGACAGAUCUAGACCCGUCGAACUAUUAGGAAAACAGUCAAACAGACGAGGACGAGCGGGUUUUACUAAGCCACGUUCUAGUCAGAGUAGUGAUGCAGUACAUUGUUGUCCUGAUUGUAUGCAGAAUCAUUGUAGCCAGAUUUCUUCCAAAGGCGAAAUAGCACGAAAAGGGGACAAGACGUGUACAAAUUCUAGUUACAGUAAGGCAAUACGAGAUCAGCUUAAAAAAAUUGUAAAAAGGGUUCCUGCUGAAGAGAACGUCGUACGGAUGUCUGAUAGCGCUGUCAACCCAUCAUCACGUGCAGUGCCAUUGAAUGUAUUAACUGACGAAAGUCCAACGCACAACGAAAUCUCUUCUGUGACUAACAAGCUAAAAUCGUCAAAUUCGUUGAAACGUAAUAUUGGAAAGAGGAAAGGUGAUUCUUUUGCUAUCACCUCCAUGUCGGUACAUGUACCCCCUAGAAAAGCAAGUCUCGCUGCGGCAGCUCGCUCGUCUAUCAUGACAUGGUUACAAAAUGCACCACAUUCGGUUAUAUUUGGACAAGAGAGAAGAAAACCGCCUUCUCAUAAACGCGACCAAGCAGGUAAACACUCGACUCAUCAAUUAGCCAAUGGACAAGGGAGACGUAAGGCUAUCGAUGUGGUAAAGAAGAAAGGCAAGCGUAUAUACGGCCAACGUCAAACGAAUGGAGGUCAGCAGCAGUCGCAGAGAGGUGACGUCAUGAGUGGGUCUGCGGAAUUUGAAAAUACAAAAGCGAGAGCAACGCAUUUAAGAUCUGCCCACACUCGAACUCGGAAAACUCGGAAGAAUACUGGAGACGAAGUUACCUCAUCUACAUACACACAGGAAGACUCUGUUCAAGUUACUGUUGUCAAGGUGAUAGAUGAAGUAAGUGAUGAUGACAUUAGUUUAUCCGAUGAUCGUGAUCGUGUCGAGAUUAGAACAGAGAACCAGAAGGAAGACUGUGAGCCUACACCCGUCUCUGUAGUUACUGUUCCAAUGAUGCAAGGCACAGACGUUGAUGAGUCAGUUUUUCUUCCUACGAGCUGCGCAGAUAAUGCGGACUUACUUUCUGCAAAACCUCAUUUGCGUCUUGAAAGUGAAAAUGACACACAACAAACGAGUCUCGGUGAACUCAUCGAUGAGAAAAACGAGGAUAUCACGGAUAAUGCAGGGAGUGUAGACUCCGUUGCCACGGGCAAGCGCAAAUUAAGGCAAUUCCGUAAGCCUCCAGAUCGCUUCAAUUCUAGCAAAUACAUCAGAUGGGAUCAGAAUCCAAACGAUGACGCUAAAGAUUUGAAAAAAGUCGGAUCGCUUGUAGAGAAUGGCGAUGACGUUCCGGGAUUGUCAUUGGUCGAAGCUUCAACCGCUUACUCUUCUCCUGUGUCUGAAGGUUUACUUGCGAAAGAGGAUGGCAAUGAAUUACGUGAAGGAAAUUGUAUUACUACUUUUUCGUCUACUGUUAAUCAACAUGGUAGCUUUGUACAUGGAAUAGACAUUAAAGAAAGUUCAUUGCUCGAAGACGUUGGAAUUUUGCCUCUUGGCAGUGAAACUCAGGUCAACUCUAAGGCACCACUCAUUUCUGAUUGGACUCCUUAUGGUAAUCCUAUUAAGAUUCUGCAGCGAAACGGCACUAGAAGAUGUUACUACGAGUCAGCAGUGAAGAAUGACGAGAUGCUACAAAUAGACAAUUACAUUCAACUUCAUUCACAGAAGAAGGGAUGUCGUAUAGGAAAAUUGAAAGAAAUAUUUCAAGACGACGACGACGAAGCUUGUUUGGUUAUGCUAUGUUGUUACCAUGCCAACGAGUUACCUGGCCAAGUUGACUUGAAUCGUUUGGCUCUCGGACAGAUGGAAGUGUUGAAAUCACGUUAUCGUUUUCAAAUUUCGUUGAAAUCCGUGAAAACAAAAUGUCACGUGUUGCCAUACCCACGAUAUUGCCGUUUUCGUGCAGAUCACAAGUGGAAGGACAUAGUUCGACAUUGGCAGCUACCUGACCAGAAGUUGCGCAAGGAAAUUGUCAGGCGUCCGUCUAUUGUUCCUAUGCAGGCCAGUGUUGAGAAAAAUGAAUUGUUAUUUGACGAGCAUGUGCUGUUUUGUCGCUACUUCUAUCACUACCGUUCAGGAACUAUAAAACCUUUUCGCUUUAGUGUACAUAGUACUAGUCUAUCUUAGAUAUUGCUUGGGGAGAGGAUCGUGUAGAGAAGCUUGUAUAAGAUUAAAUGUCAACUGUAGUGAUCGUCUAUAUAAAGAUGUUGGUGAU